AGAAAAGCAAAAAAUGGCCGAUCGCCUAUGUGAAGAAAUCAUAAUCAACGUUCUCCAAAGGCUGCCCAUAAAAAUCCUUCUCCGGUGCACCGCCGUCUGCAAAUCAUGGUAUUCUCUCAUCACCACCCCUCAGUUUAUUUCAUCUCACCUGCAUUUCGCCGUCUCCGGCGGAAAUAAAUCCCCUUUUCUUUUCAUCAGGCGGUGCCUUGAAAAUUCCGAGCGCUAUGAUUUCAUCUUGGAUAACAAUGACUCUAUCACCCCGCAUUCUAGUUUGGAAUUCCCAUUUAGGAGCAUAAACCCAUUUUUCACAAUCGUCGGUGCCUGCAAUGGAUUGAUCUGCCUCUCUGAUGAUCGCAUGUACUACACGCCGACCAUCAUUCUCUGGAACCCUCUUCUCAAAAAAUCGGUUCUUCUUCCCAAACCCGACCCGAUCCACAAUUUUUGCGGAACUUUUUCACAAUCACUUGGCUUCGGGUUCGAUCUUAUCUCCACUGAUUACAAGGUAGUCAGAAUAGCGUAUGCCGAUCACAUUAGUGUAAGGCGGCCCCUCGUGGAGCUUUACGAAUUAAGCACCCACGAGUGGCGGGAUUUGAGCUUCCUAGCGCUCGACCAUGUUAUAUAUAGUAAAUCACGCUCGGCCUAUGUCAAUGGGGCCACGCACUGGGUCACCCGCCACGUGGACUCCUAUGAUUUGGUUUUGUCUUUUCAUAUGAGUAAUGAAGUCUUCAGUGAGGUAUUGUUGCCCUGUAGUCUUACAGAUGAUGAUCUUGCUGUGGUUAAGGAUUUGCUGGUCUUAAAUGAUUCGCUUGCUUUAAUUCUGUCGAGCAUGUCGAGCUUUUGCGUUUGGGUUAUGAAAGAGUACGGUGUUCGAGAGUCUUGGAGUAAACACUUGAGCUUCGAUUUACGCAGUUUGGGAGAAAGAUUGGUGAGGCCGUUGUGGGUCAGGAAAGGAGGUGGGAUUUUGGCAGUUUUGGAGGACGGUCGUUUGAUUUGUUGCAAUCUUGGUGAAGGGAAAGAGAAAGAUGAAGAGAUUAUUAAGGAUAUUGGAGUUGGUCGCUCGAGAUCCGAAGAUUAUAGGCGCUCGAUUCAUGUCGAUAGUCAUGUUGAAAGUUUGGUUCUGUUGGAGAAGGGUAUUCUCACUAGUGCCAAGUUAUCGACUCUGAAAGUGAUGGAGAUUGAUUGGGGGAAGAGAGGUUGAAUGGUUAUGGGAACUUUCUUGGUGUUGUUGAAUAUGAUGUGUUGGCUAUGGUCUACAACCUAUUAUUCAAUGUGGUAGUACUCUAGAGAUAAAAGUCAUAAAUAAUUGUAGUUGUGUGCAUUAUUGCUCAUAUUGAACAUGGAAGCUGAGUAUUUUUAUCUUGAAUUGUUAUGAUAACUUGUAGUUGUUGGCUAUGAUCAACAACUUUUGUUCAAAAUGCUUGUACUCUAUAGAUAAAAAGGCAUACAAGCAGUAGUUGUGUACUUUAUUGCUCUUAUUGAACAUGGAAGCUAAGGAUUUUGAGGGUCUCUUUGUAGUUUGUAUGUGUAGUCUUCUACGUGUUGCAAUAUAUAAUAUGAUAGGUGUAAUGUUAGCCUGAGAUAUGAUAGGUGUUAAUCUAGUAGAGCGAUAAGAGGUUAUUGUUUGCACAAGCCUCUUUAUAACUACUAGUAAAGUGAGAUAUGAUAGGUGUUAAUCUAGUAGAGCGAUAAGAGGUUAGAGGAAAUUGCACCCUCCACUUAAGUAUAAUAUGAAG